AUGGCUACCACGAAUGAUUCGAAGGCGCCUGUGCGCCAAGUUAAAAGAGUACAAUUUGGUAUAUUAUCUCCAGAUGAAAUCCGACGGAUGUCUGUCACUGAAGGGGGCAUUCGCUUCCCUGAAACUAUGGAAGGAGGUAGACCCAAGCUUGGUGGACUUAUGGAUCCACGGCAAGGGGUGAUCGACAGGAGUUCGAGAUGUCAGACUUGCGCUGGAAAUAUGACUGAGUGUCCCGGACACUUUGGACACAUUGAUUUAGCAAAACCAGUAUUUCACAUUGGAUUUAUAACAAAGACAAUUAAAGUUCUGAGAUGUGUCUGUUUCUACUGCUCAAAGCUGCUUGUCAGCCCGACAAACCCAAAGAUAAAAGAAGUUGUAAUGAAGUCAAAAGGACAACCUCGUAAGAGAUUGACUUAUGUAUAUGACUUGUGUAAAGGCAAGAAUAUUUGUGAGGGUGGUGAAGAUAUGGAUAUCGGGAAGGAAGGUGAGGAGGGCAAAAGAGGCUCUGGGCAUGGAGGUUGUGGUCACUACCAGCCAUCUAUAAGGAGGCAAGGUUUGGACCUCACUGCAGAGUGGAAACAUGCCAAUGAAGAUACACAAGAAAAAAAGAUUAUUAUUACAGCAGAAAGAGUGUGGGAAAUCCUUAAACAUAUCACAGAUGAGGAAUCAUUCAUUCUGGGUAUGGACCCCAAGUUUGCUAGACCUGAUUGGAUGAUAGUCACAGUGCUGCCUGUUCCUCCAUUAUCUGUGAGACCUGCUGUAGUGAUGUUUGGUUCAGCUAAGAAUCAAGAUGACUUGACACACAAACUCGCUGAUAUCAUCAAAGCGAACAAUGAGCUGAUGAGGAAUGAACAGACUGGUGCAGCGGCGCACGUGCUCGCUGAAAACAUCAGAUUACUCCAGUUCCAUGUCGCCACAUUCGUAGAUAAUGACAUGCCUGGGAUGCCCAAGGCCAUGCAGAAAUCUGGAAAGCCACUCAAAGCUAUCAAGGCUCGUCUAAAAGGAAAGGAAGGAAGAAUCAGAGGAAACCUCAUGGGCAAGCGAGUCGACUUCUCAGCACGUACUGUCAUUACACCAGAUCCUAACUUGCGUAUUGACCAAGUAGGAGUACCGAGAUCUAUUGCACAAAACUUGACAUUCCCUGAACUUGUAACACCAUUCAACAUUGACAGAAUGCAGGAGCUUGUACGCAGGGGUAAUGCACAAUAUCCUGGCGCCAAGUACAUUGUGCGAGACAAUGGAGAAAGGAUAGAUUUACGGUUUCACCCAAAACCAUCAGAUUUGCAUUUACAACAUGGAUACAAAGUUGAACGGCACUUAAGAGAUGACGAUCUUGUUAUUUUCAACCGACAACCUACAUUACACAAGAUGAGUAUGAUGGGGCACAGAGUGAAAGUGCUUCCGUGGUCAACAUUCCGUAUGAAUUUAAGUUGUACCUCUCCCUACAACGCCGAUUUCGAUGGUGAUGAAAUGAAUUUACAUGUGCCGCAGUCAAUGGAAACAAGGGCAGAGGUUGAAAACAUUCAUAUAACUCCUCGACAAAUUAUCACACCACAAGCAAAUAAACCCGUCAUGGGUAUUGUGCAAGAUACAUUGACAGCUGUAAGGAAAAUGACGAAGCGUGAUGUGUUCCUUACGAAGGAACAAGUUAUGAAUCUUCUUAUGUUUUUACCCACAUGGGACGGUAAAAUCCCACAGCCCUGCAUUUUGAAACCUCAACCAUUGUGGACUGGUAAACAAAUCUUUACGCUAAUUAUCCCUGGUCCAGUCAACAUGAUUCGAACACAUUCUACACAUCCAGAUGAAGAAGAUGAUGGUCCAUACAAGUGGAUUUCGCCUGGAGAUACUAAAGUCGUUGUAGAGCAUGGUGAACUGCUCAUGGGCAUUCUGUGUAAAAAAUCACUUGGUGCUUCAGCAGGUUCUUUGCUACAUAUUUGCAUGUUAGAAUUGGGCCACGAAACAGCUGGUCGGUUUUAUGGUAAUAUUCAAACUGUGAUCAACAACUGGCUACUCCUAGAAGGUCACUCCAUCGGUAUCGGCGAUACCAUUGCCGAUCCUCAGACCUACCAAGAAAUUCAGCGCGCCAUCGUCAAGGCCAAAGAGGAUGUCAUAGAAGUCAUUCAAAAAGCUCACAACAUGGAGUUGGAGCCUUCUCCCGGUAACACUCUUAGGCAGACAUUCGAAAAUCGAGUGAACCGUAUUCUGAACGACGCUCGUGACAAGACUGGUGGAUCAGCCAAGAAAUCUCUUACUGAAUACAACAACUUAAAGGCUAUGGUGGUCUCUGGUUCUAAAGGUUCCAAUAUUAAUAUUUCUCAGGUUAUUGCCUGUGUAGGUCAACAGAACGUUGAAGGUAAACGUAUUCCGUUCGGAUUCCGUAAAAGAACAUUGCCGCAUUUCAUCAAAGACGAUUACGGUCCUGAGUCCAGAGGUUUCGUCGAAAACUCGUAUCUUGCCGGUUUGACACCAUCAGAGUUUUAUUUCCACGCUAUGGGAGGACGUGAAGGUCUUAUCGAUACUGCCGUCAAAACUGCCGAAACUGGAUACAUCCAACGUCGUUUGAUAAAGGCUAUGGAGUCUGUCAUGGUUCACUAUGACGGCACUGUCCGUAACUCAGUAGGACAACUCAUUCAGUUGAGAUACGGCGAAGACGGUUUGGCGGGAGAAACUGUGGAGUUCCAGAAUUUGCCCACUGUAAAACUGUCUAACAAGGCAUUUGAAAAGAAAUUCAAGUUUGAUCCUUCAAAUGAAAGAUAUUUGAAGAGGAUUUUCAGUGAGGACAUUAUAAAGGAGUUGACAGAAUCUGGUUAUGUUAUAAGUGAUCUUGAGAGUGAAUGGGAGCAACUUUGCAAGGACAGGGAAGUGCUACGUCAAAUCUUCCCAACUGGUGAAUCUAAAGUUGUACUGCCUUGUAAUUUCAAGCGAAUGAUUUGGAAUGCCCAGAAAACUUUCCAUAUCAACAAAAGAAUGCCAACAGAUUUGAGUCCAAUUAAAGUGAUAUCGGGAGUAAAAGACUUGCUUAAAAAGUGUGUUAUUGUAGCAGGCGAGGAUCGUCUGUCGAAGCAAGCCAACGAAAACGCUACUCUGCUAUUCCAAUGUUUAGUGCGUUCCACUUUAUGCACCAAGUUUGUGUCUGAAGAGUACAGACUUUCACAAGUAGCUUUUGAGUGGCUGAUUGGAGAAAUUGAAAGCAGAUUCCAGCAAGCACAGGUAAACCCUGGCGAAAUGGUGGGUGCUCUAGCUGCACAGUCGCUCGGUGAGCCCGCCACACAGAUGACAUUGAACACUUUCCAUUUUGCUGGUGUGUCAUCCAAAAACGUAACUCUCGGUGUGCCUCGUCUUAAGGAAAUUAUUAAUAUUUCCAAGAAACCUAAAGCUCCAUCUCUAACAGUGUUCUUGACUGGAGUUGCAGCCAGAGAUGCUGAAAAAGCCAAGAAUGUACUUUGCAGACUUGAGCAUACUACAUUGCGCAAGGUGACAGCAAAUACUGCCAUCUAUUACGACCCUGAUCCACAAAACACUGUCAUUGCUGAAGAUCAAGAAUUCGUAAAUGUAUACUACGAAAUGCCUGACUUCGACCCUACAAAGAUUUCCCCGUGGCUGCUGCGUAUAGAGUUAGAUCGUAAGAGGAUGACUGAUAAGAAAUUGACCAUGGAGCAGAUUGCAGAAAAGAUUAAUGCUGGAUUUGGUGACGAUUUGAACUGCAUUUUCAAUGACGACAACGCUGAAAAGCUUGUGCUGCGUAUUAGGAUUAUGAAUAAUGAAGAAAGUAAAUUCCAAGAUAACGAUGAAGAGACCGUGGACAAAAUGGAAGACGACAUGUUCUUGAGGUGUAUUGAAGCGAACAUGUUGUCUGAUAUGACUCUACAGGGUAUAGAGGCUAUAGCAAAGGUGUACAUGCAUUUACCAAAGACUGAAGCGAAGAAACGCAUUAUAAUAACAGAACAAGGAGAAUUUAAGGCUAUAGCCGAAUGGUUGUUGGAAACUGAUGGUACUUCAUUAAUGAAAGUACUUUCGGAAAGAGAUGUCGACCCUAUUAGGACCUUCAGUAACGACAUUUGCGAAAUAUUCCAAGUACUGGGUAUUGAAGCCGUGCGAAAGACGGUAGAGAAAGAAAUGAACGCUGUGUUGCAGUUCUACGGUCUAUACGUGAACUACCGACAUCUGGCCUUGCUUUGUGACGUUAUGACUGCCAAGGGUCAUCUUAUGGCUAUCACUCGUCACGGUAUUAAUAGACAAGACACCGGAGCUCUCAUGAGAUGCUCAUUCGAAGAAACGGUCGAUGUAUUAUUGGAUGCUGCUAGUCAUGCUGAAGUAGAUCCUAUGAGAGGCGUGUCUGAAAACAUUAUCAUGGGACAACUACCACGCAUGGGAACUGGUUGCUUCGACUUGUUACUUGAUGCUGAAAAAUGUAAACUUGGUAUGGAAAUGGGUGGUCUUGGUGUUGGUGGAGUGGGAGGUGGCAUGUACUUCGGUGUCGGCACUCCAUCCAUGACACCACUGAUGACACCGUGGUCCACACAGAACACUCCUGGAUAUGGAAGCAGUGCAUGGUCACCAGGCCAAGUGGGAAGCAGUAUGACACCGGGUGGUCCAUCAUUCUCGCCAUCCGGAGCGUCCGAUGCAUCAGGUCUAUCGCCAGCGUACAGCGCGUGGUCUCCGCAACCGGGGUCCCCCGGCUCCCCCGGCCCUCCACUGUCGCCCUACACAUCUCCCGCAGGCGCUUCACCAUCGUACUCUCCUACGAGCCCAGUGUACGCACCUGCCUCUCCCAGCCUUACACCAACGUCGCCGCAUUAUUCCCCAACAAGUCCAUCAUAUUCACCGACUUCUCCAAACUAUUCUCCAACGUCGCCAAUAUAUUCGCCAACAUCGCCGAGCUAUUCUCCCACGUCCCCGGGAUAUUCCCCAACAUCGCCUUCUUAUUCGCCGACAUCACCCAGUUACUCUCCCACUUCACCGAGCUAUUCUCCAACGAGCCCUGCGUAUUCACCAACAUCGCCCAGCUAUUCGCCGACAUCACCAAGCUACUCGCCAACGAGUCCGUCUUAUUCACCGACAAGUCCGUCAUAUUCACCGACCAGUCCAGCAUAUUCUCCCACAUCGCCGGGAUACUCGCCUUCUUCCCCGAGCUAUUCUCCAACCAGUCCAGUGUACAGUCCCGCUUCACCCAGUUACUCGCCGUCAUCACCGAACUACACUCCUACGUCGCCGGCGUAUUCACCAACGAGUCCCUCUUAUUCUCCGACUUCACCCGCAUAUUCCCCAACUUCUCCAAGUUAUUCACCGUCCUCACCUAAAUAUUCUCCUUCACCCAACUACUCUCCUACAUCACCAUCUGUGGCAGGAAGAAGCCCUACUUAUUCCCCGACCAGCCCACAGUACUCGCCUACGAGCCAACAGUACUCCCCAACGAGUCCUGCAUACUCACCGUCGUCUCCCCAACACCCGGGAAGCACGCGCUAUUCACCCUCCUCACCAAAUUAUUCACCGUCUCCGAAUUACUCUCCUUCCUCCCCGGGAUAUUCACCAUCAUCGACAAAGUACUCCCCAACCUCACCAACGUACACCCCGACCUCGCCCAACUACUCCCCAUCAUCCCCCGCGUAUUCCCCGUCCUCUGCUGGACCUAGCACAUAUUCUCCAACUUCACCUACAUACUCUCCCACUUCACCUAACUAUGAUGAUGGCGACGAUUAA